CACGGAAGUCAUCAAGAAAAAAGCUCUUUGGUUUGGUCAGCUGUUCGUUGCAGUUAUCCUGCUGUAACCAUAAACAAAAUACACUGUGCUACCAGUUCGUUUAUAGGUGCACAGUCACUGAAGCUUAAGAACUGAAAGAGGUUUAUAACUGUCAUGCACCUGUAUAAACACCAUGUCUAAUGAAUGUGCAUAUUGUGGCAAGACGUUCGAACUGCAAAGACAACUCAAGAGACAUGUACGGAAGCACACAGAACCUAAGCCUCACAAAUGUGAAGUCUGCGGGAAGGAGUUUAGCGAACCAGGGAAACUACAGGUACAUAACAUGAUCCAUACAGGUGAGAAGCCGUUUGAGUGUGGAACUUGCGGUAAAGGUUUCUGCGAGGCAGGGAAAUUAAAGAAGCAUAUUCGUGUACAUACAGGAGAACGACCAUAUCCGUGUCAUCUUUGUGACAAGCGGUUUGCCGAAUCUGGAACUUUACAGCGGCACAUCCUGGUGCACUUUAAAGACCGAACACAGUUUUUGAAGUGCGAGACUUGCAAUGAAAUAUUUAUUAAGGAGGAGGACUUGGCAAGGCAUGUUAAGACACAUGAGGUAGAUAAACCAUAUCGUUGUGAUAUCUGUGGAUUGGCGUUUAGCCAGACAGAGAGUCUUCAACAGCACGUGAAAAUACAUGACGGUAAAAAGCCGUAUCAAAGGGGUAAUAAUGAUGACGUCAUUAUAUGUGAUGACUCUGACAGUGAGGAAGUCGACGACACCAACACUGGAGAAAAAAUGUAUAAAUGUGAUAUCUGUGGUAGAGACUUCAAUAAAUCUGAAAAUCUAGAAAAGCACAUGUCAAAGCAUGACAAUUGGCCUCCCUUUUGUGAGUUAUGUGGAGAAACGUUCACAGAAGCCGCAAGUCUUCGUAAACAUUCAUUGAUACACACAGGUGAACGUCCGUUCAAAUGUGAAAAGUGCGGUAAGGAGUUUAUUCGUGCUGCACACCUUAACAAACAUCUCGAGUGGCAUACUGUAGAGGAUUCACAUAGUUGCGGUGUCUGUGGAAAAUGUUUUAGUGAAAGUGAAAAGCUGCAGGCUCACAUGAGAAAGCACAGUGGGGAGAAACCUUAUAAGUGCUCUGUGUGUGAGAAAGGAUUUGACGUACCAGCAAAACUCCAGCGACAUAAUUUGAUACAUACGCAAGUGAAGCCUCAUAAGUGUGACCAUUGCGAAAAGUCGUUCAGGGAGAAAGGAACUCUGAGGCACCAUCUGCGUACACAUUUUCCAGACGACAGAAGCGAAUGUGAAAUAUGUCACAAGACCUUUGCCGAAGACCGUAGUCUAGAAAGACAUCUUAGGAGACAUGCGGGAGAGCGACCAUACUCGUGCAACAUAUGCGGAAAAGAUUUCGCCGAAUCUGGACACUUAAAAACACACAUGAGUAUUCACACGGGUGAGAAACCAUUCACGUGUGAUAUUUGUGGAAAGGAUUUUAUUACCGCUGGGAGUUUACAAAGACACAUUCGAAGACACUUAGGGGACAAACCACACAAAUGUGAUCAAUGCGAUAAGGCGUUUGUAGAGCUGUGGACAUUACAAGUUCAUCGUCGCAAACACACCGGAGAAAAACCAUACGAGUGUGAAACUUGCGGCAAAAUGUUCAGCCAGACUGGCUCGUUACAGAAGCACAAAAGAGUACAUACAGGAGAGAAGCCGUUUAAAUGUGAAGUAUGCGGAAAGGCUUUUGCUGAGUCCGGAAAAGUCAGGAGACAUUUGAAAAUGCAUGAAAGAAAUGAGGGUGUAGUUACAGAGUCCAAGUCCAAUAAUUUGAUACAUGUUCCUAUCAAGGUGAUGGUAACGGAUGAAAAUGAGAUGCAUAUGCUUAACACUUAACGCUUAGAACGAAUGCAAAAAUAGUUGAUUUCCAGUUGCUUGUUUAGAAAAAUUGGAGAAUAGGUAUUGAAAGAAUGAUAAUUUUAUCUUUUUUUUUCAACGUUAAUUAGCUGUCUUUAUAUGUAGUUGUGUGGUUGCACAUGUAGUGCCAGUGUGCGAAAUAUUUUGCCAAGCAUUCAUUACUCCUAUACGUAUAUGAGGUCUUAUUCCACCAGAUUACAUUGGUGGAUAUUGCGACCUCAUAUCCCAUCCGCAUGUUUUUCUUGUAGCUGCCAGCGCCCUGAUUCUGGGGAGCGACCAAAAAGUGUCAUGAACCAUCUAAAACAAUAAUUCAUGUUAACAAAUAUGUGUACGCUUACUUGUUGAUGAAGUAUCAAUCCAUUUAUGCACAAACUGUUGAUGGACACCUCUUAAAUAUAACUAUAUCCACAAUAAUUCACUUGCAACCUACUGUGUUCAAAUAUUGGGUCACUAAAACAACUUUGCUGUUCCGUUCAUUAUAAAAUACAGAAUACAAAUAAAACGGAUAGCGUAACGCAAUAUUUUCACAGUGUUUCGUUUGUUUUUGUCUAUUUCAACUCCAAAUUUGGAUAAACCGGAAAUCAUCUCGAGAGGUCACAAUCAAAACAAGUAUGGCGGUAUAUACAAAUGGGACCUACGCUUAAACGACAAAAGAGGCUACCGGUAAUUAUCACUGAUCUUGGAUAGAGAUAUGGACACAAUAUUGUAACUGUGUUUAUUUAUCAUAGCUUUAUAGAAUUAUAUAAGUCACAUCGUAUAAAAUGUGAGUUAUUAUAACUUUUAAGCGAUUUCAAUUAGAGGUGUCGCAGCAACAGGUUCUACGUGCGAUGGUGAUUAGAGGUUACAUGACAGCCGGUCAAAAGUUUCCAUCGAUGGUUGGCAAUCUGGGAUCUCUUGAUUGUAAUCAUCUUGUAUUGUUGUGCUUUGUGAGUGGCAUUUUGAUUGAAAUUUAAAUUAAUUUCUGGAUUUUUAUCUAGUCCUGAUAUCAUCCAUGUAUGUCUCCAUGAAACUAAGUAGGAUUUAAUAGAUUUGUUAAAGUUAUGGUUCAACAGCAGUUUGAUUAUUCAUUUCUUCUUGUUACAAAAUAUUACUUAAAUAUUUCAUGCAUAUAGAAGUUGCUAGAAUGUAUAUGUAUCAUAUACCCUUGGUAUGUAUAUUGCAUCAAACCCAUACUGCAGUCUGCAGGCUUACCAUGAUAGUGUUAACUCUGACCCCUAUAUAUCAUAUCUGCACUCAAAUGCCUUACAUAUUUAUAUAAUGUAUGCAUGCUACUACUUAAAAAUUUAAUAAUGUUUUUAUAUAUUAUAACAGAUAACAAACAAAUUGGAAUAAAUUUUACAAUUUAUUAAGUUUGCAUAAUAUAGGAGAGUCCAUGGGCUGCACCUUACCUUAUACAUGGACAUGUUAUGAGAUGGAGCAGCUGAAAGCUUGAAACCACAAUUGACAAGUCAUGGAUGUGUGAUGAGGUAUGGGACUGACUAGGAUGUAACACUAGGGAAUCAAAAACUGGGAUUUACCUUGCGCAAAAUUAAAGGGGAAAUGAACCUUUUCUGAUGAAAUUACCAUUUGGGCGAGCUAAUUCCCAUUAUAUCCUACACCAGUAUGUAAUUAUAUAAUAAGGUUUACCCAGUAUCUGUCUACUGUUUGGAGGUAAGGGUUCGAGUCCGGCCUGGUCAUUGGAUUUUUCCUCUCUAUUUAUAUUUGUCACCCAACUAGAUGACAAUGAAGAAUUGUGAUGAGACUUGUGUUUGUCUUUGGGGUCAAAGACAAUGAAGGAGGGAGGGAUGUAGCAGGAUUGUACUAGACUGAACACAAGUGGAGCGGUAGCUGAAAUGGUUAGAGUGCUCCAUCUACAUUUCGAGGUCCCAGGUUCAAGUCCUGGUGUGGUUGUUACAUUUUCCUCUCCUGUAACAUAUGUAAUGUGUAUAUUCAAAAAUAUAUAAUAUCUUAAUUUAGCAUCAUCUGAUUUUCCCAAAAAAUGUUUUUUAUAUCAGCUUGUUGAAAUAUAUAUAUAAUUAUAUAUGUAUAUGUAAAAAGAACUCUUCUAAUUAACAAUAUACAUUGUAUGUAUAAAUGCAUGCCACUGAUUAAAACAAAUAUCAAUGCUAUUGUUUACAAAUUUACAGGAUCAAUAAAUGAGAUGCUGUAGCUGGUA